CUCUCUCUCUCUCUCUCUCUCUCUCUCUCUCUCUACUCCUCCAUCCAUGCAUUUCUCAUCCUGACCCUCCUUUCUCUCUCUCCUCUCUGUCUCUCUUUUCGUUUCCAGUCUGGAUAACGGAGGUGGACUAUAGCUUGGAGUUCUUAUUGUUAUUAUUUUUUUUUAUUAUCAUUAUUAUUAUUAUUAUUAUUUACUCCUCGUUGUUUUUUGGGAGACAGACCCCGCCACCGGGCAUGGAGGAUGUAAAAGACCCGCCGAUCGUUCACCGGUCCUCCUCCUUCAGUAUCAAGAGCCUCCUGCUGCCCUCAAAGUGCGACAGCAGACCGGACUCCGUGGCCGCUGCAGCCGCAGCCGCAGCCGCCGCCGCCGCCGCGGUUGUCUGCAUCCCGGGGACCUUCUCUCCCUCUCCGGGCUCCGACUCUGAGAAGUCGCUGGACCCGGCGGAGGUGGACUCCACGGCUGCGGCUCUGGACCCAGAGAAACCGGGGGAAGAGGAGGAGGAGGGCGGAGAGGGAGAAGGAGACGGAGACGGAGCGGACGGCGCCAAAGCUGCGCCGGAACAGAAAGCCAACAGCGCGAAAAACGGGAAAUAUGACAAGCCUCCUUUCAGCUACAACGCUCUCAUCAUGAUGGCCAUCCGCCAGAGCCCCGAGAAGAGGCUCACGCUCAACGGCAUCUACGAGUUCAUCAUGAAAAACUUCCCGUACUACCGGGAGCACAAGCAGGGCUGGCAGAACUCCAUCCGGCACAACCUGAGCCUCAAUAAGUGCUUCGUGAAGGUUCCCCGGCACUAUGACGACCCGGGGAAGGGCAACUACUGGAUGCUGGACCCGAGCAGCGAUGAUGUUUUCAUCGGGGGGACGACGGGGAAGCUGCGCAGGCGCUCCGCCACCUCCAGGGGCAAGCUGGCGAUGAAGCGCGGGCUGCGCUUCGCUCCGCUCGGCCUGGGGAUUAACGAGCGGGCGAACAACCCGCUCUACUGGCAGAUCUCACCCUUCCUCUCCCUGCACCACCACCACCAUCAUCACCCGCACUACAACGGAUCCUCGCCCGGGUUUUUGAACCAGGCGGCCGGGUACGGGUCGCUGCUGCCCGCGGUGGAGCAGCUGAGCAACGGGGAGCUGGGGCGCUCCAUCCUCGGCGGCUCGUUGUCGAACAGUUACGGGAUGAGCGGGUCGCCGGUCGGGCUGCUCUCCGGACAGACAGCCGGGUAUUUUGUCUCAGGGAACCAGCAUGCAGGGGCGCAGGGGCCGCCGGGAGGAGGACCGCCGCCGCAUCUCCAGCAGAGCGCGCAGGGUUACGGCGGCCUCGCGACGAGCAGCUCCCCGCAGAGCCUGCUGUCGGACUCCCUCAGAAACAGCUCCCUACCGGCCUUCUCCCCGGGCGUGUCCGCGGGCUUCCCCGGGGUGCUGUCCCAUCAAAAGAGGGUGACUCCAAACGCUUUCCUAAACUGAACUCUGCAGCCCUCAUCACCAUCACGUUUUUUUUUGUUUUUUUUACCGCGCAUGGCACCGGGACGCGGACGCACAAAAGACGUCACGUUAAAGGGGCAAAUAAUAAGUGGUAAAUAUCGAAACAUUGAUUGCAAAAAAAAUAUAUAUAUAAGAAGUGAAACUUUUUGGCCAUAUUCUGCCCCACCCGAAGAGCAAAGGGAGGGUUUAUUUUGAUUUAAUUUUCUUUCGCUUUUGGUUUAAACAUAAAAGGGACACACUUUUUGUUACCCGCGGGUUGUACAACUGUAUAAACUAGACUUGCCAAAGGUAACACUAAGUAUAUUUCAAGCUAUUUAUAUCUUGUACAAAUAUUUUCAGUACUUUUCUUUCUUGAGUCUUUUAUUUAUGUUUUGUAUUUAUUGUAAAAUGUAUUUAAAUUCUAUUUGUCAGUGUAAACUUAUCAGUAUUGAGGAAAAAA